AUGACGGGCAGCAUCGAGGGAGUCGAGAGGUUCGACAGUCCGGGGAGAGGGCGAGGUCUCCGCGUUACCAGAGCCUUUAAAGUUGGCGAGCUGCUGUUCUCCUGCCAGGCGUACUCUUACGUGCUGUCAGUGAAGGAGAGAGGCUACUACUGUGAGUGCUGCUUCACCAGGAAAGAAGGUUUGGCAAGAUGUGGGAAGUGCAGGAAAGCCUGCUACUGCAACGUGAAAUGCCAGAAAGCAGACUGGGCCAUGCACAAGCUGGAGUGCUCUGCGAUGACUGCCUUCGGAGAGAACUGGUGCCCAUCAGAGAUGACCCGCCUGGUGGCCCGGAUCCUCGCCAAGAAGAAAACACAGAAAGAAAGAUCUGCUUCCGAGAAGAUCUUGCUCAUCGGAGAAAUGCAAUCGCACGUGGAGGACGAAGAUAAUGAAAAACGGGAGAUGCAGGAGGGAGAUGUUGCUGCACUUCAUCGUUUUUACUCCAAACACUUAGAUCUGCCCGACCAUAAAGACCUGCUCACACUCUUCUCCCAGGUUGCCUGUAAUGGUUUCACUAUAGAGGACGAUGAACUGUCCCACAUGGGUACUGCAGUCUACCCAGAUGUGGCACUGAUAAACCACAGCUGUCUCCCCAGCGUCAUAGUCACAUAUAACGGGACGACGGCUGAUGUGCGGGCGGUGCGGGACAUGAAGCCUGGAGAUGAAGUGCUCAUCAGCUACAUAGACCUCCUCUACCCAACGGACGACCGCAACAACAGGCUGAGAGAGUCCUACUAUUUCACCUGCGACUGCCAGGAAUGUAAAACGAAGUCCAAGGACAAGGUCAAGUUGAAAGUACGCAAGCGCAGUGAACCCAUUGAGCCUGAGGUCGUCAACAAUAUGGUGCGCUACGCCAGGAAGACCAUCAGAGAGUUCCGGUUCCUCAAAAACAUGAAAACCGCUAGUGAGCUACUGGAGAUGUGUGAGCAGAGCCUGGAGGAGAUGGGAGCCGUCUUCGAUGAUUCCAACGUCUACAUGCUCCACAUGAUGUACCAGGCCAUGGGGGUGUGUCUCUACAUGGAAGACCCAGUGGGAGCUAUCAGAUACGGCGAGAAGGUCAUCGGUUCUUACAGCAAGCUGUAUCCAGCCCACUCUUUGAAUGUGUCCUCCAUGUACCUGAAGCUGGGCCGAUUGAACAUGGGGCUGGAGAAGAACUCGGUGGGCAUCAGCGCUCUGAAGAAGGCGAUCGCCAUCAUGGAGGUGACUCACGGGAAGAACCACUUCUAUUUGAAAGAGUUGCGAAAAGAGGCCAAACUGACGAAGAAUUAAAGAGAGGAUGUGACGCAGCUGAUGACGAAGGACUGCAUACACUCGUUUGACGAGGAGCUUUACAGAACUGAAGGCACUUUCUACUGUUUUUGGAAUGGAAGAAAAGACGGAGAGUGUUUGUGUUUUUCUGAUAAAUACAUGUCUUGGAGGUUUUAACUUUUUACAUCAGUGUUAUCGGUGCAACAACGUAUUAGUUUGCUAAAUGUAGGAUACUUUUGUACCAGAGAUGCAUUUACUGUUGACUUGUUGGCGCUGCUUUUUACACAUGUUGACCAUAAAUUGUUUACUUCUUC